AUGGAUUGGAAUAGGUUGAAGGGAUGGCUGAAAGGCAAGUACGACUCACCGCUAAGAGUCGAGAGCCUGCGUAACGAGCUACGCAAUUUGAUGUUCAAAGGAAACCUCGCGCGCUAUAGCGAGAACUUCCGAAUGUACGAGAGUCAAAUCCCUGCACAGGAGAUGACAUUUGGUGACUGCCUUUCCCAUUUUCUUAGUCAUUUGCCUGCCGAUAGUGCUAGGGAUUUACGACGCGAGAAGCCGAAGAACACGAAGGAGAUGUAUUACAACGCGCGUGAACUUGAUCGCCUUUCAAAUCUCCACCGUGGUUCUCAAAAUCAUUCCUCGGUGUCGUCUAACAAGAAGCCGAAGCACCUCUUUCAUAGGGGCCCACCACGCUCCUCUGCUUUUAGUAAUGGCUCUGCGAUGCCAUCUAUUUCGCCUACUCCAGUCAUGCCGUCUGCACUGUCCAAUUCGGGACCUGUACCUAUGGAGCUCGAUGCAAUGCAGCAAAUGCCGAGAGGAAGCAACAUGCCAAAUACUCGGGUUACAUUGCUUCAAUUGUAA